AUGAUUUUCUUUUAUUUUCAUUUCUUUCCUUGUUUCUUUUUCUUUGUUUUUUUCUUUUUCUUUCUUUUAUUCUUUUUUUUAUUUUCUUUCUUCCUUUCUUUCUUUCCUUCUUUCUUGUUUUCCUUCUUCCUUUCUUUCUUUCCUUUCUUUCUUGUUUUCUUUCUUCCUUUCUUUCUUUCCUUUCUUUCUUGUUUUCUUUCUUCCUUUCUUUCUUUCCUUCUUUCUUGUUUUCCUUCUUCCUUUCUUUCUUUCCUUCUUUCUUGUUUUCCUUCUUCCUUUCCUUCUUUCUUGUUUUCUUUCUUCCUUUCUUUCUUUCCUUCUUUCUUGUUUUCCUUCUUCCUUUCUUUCUUUCCUUCUUUCUUGUUUUCCUUCUUCCUUUCUUUCUUUCUUUCUUGUUUUCUUUCUUCCUUUCUUUCUUUCCUUUCUUUCUUGUUUUCUUUCUUCCUUUCUUUCUUUCUUUCUUUCUUGUUUUCCUUCUUCCUUUCUUUCUUUCUUUCCUUUCUUUCUUGUUUUCUUUCUUCCUUUCUUUCUUUCUUUCUUUCCUUUCUUUCUUGUUUUCUUUCUUCCUUUCUUUCUUUCCUUUCUUUCUUGUUUUCUUUCUUCCUUUCUUUCUUUCCUUUCUUUCUUGUUUUCUUUAUUCCUUUCUUUCUUUCUUUCUUUCUUUCUUGUUUUCCAUCUUCCUUUCUUUCUUUCUUUCUUUCUUGUUUUCCUUCUUCCUUUCCUUCUUUCUUGUUUUCUUUCUUCCUUUCUUUCUUUCCUUUCUUUCUUGUUUUCUUUCUUCCUUUCUUUCCUUCUUUCUUGUUUUCUUUCUUCCUUUCUUUCUUUCUUUCUUUCUUUCUUUCUUUCUUGUUUUCCUUCUUCCUUUCUUUCUUUCCUUCUUUCUUGUUUUCCUUCUUCCUUUCCUUCUUUCUUGUUUUCCUUCUUCCUUUCCAUUCUUUCCUUCUUUCUUGUUUUCUUUCUUCCUUUCUUUCUUGUUUUCCUUCUUUCUUUCUUUCCAUUUUUCUUCAUUUCCUUCUGCUUUCUUUCUUUCUUUCUUUUAUUAUCUUUACAUCUGUUUUCCGUUAA